AUGGCGCUGCACAUUUCGCCUGAUACCGUCGACGUGGUGACCGAGCUCUCCUCCAUUAUCACCGGAUUACGCGGCAUAACUUCUCUGCAACAAUCUUCAUCUCCUCACGGCCCUGGCGGCGGCAAUACCGCUGCAGGCCCCUCGGCACAGCAGGGCGGGACCGGGGUCACUCCUCUCCCUACCACUGCGCCAACUCCUUCCAAUCCUAGCAACAACCACGAUAACCCAAGCCAAUUACCCCAACAGCAGCACCAACCGCAACUCUCCAUUAAGGACCUCCCCAUAGCCACGGACAACCUUAAGCACAAGCUCCAGCGGGCGCGGGCGGCUGUGCGGGCGGUAGGCGAUGUAAGUGGAGCCAUCGCGCGGCAGGAGGCCGAAGUAAAGCGGUUAGAGGCGAGACGGGCGGCACAAGCACGGAUGCUGGCGCGGACACAGGAGGAUGGCCUGACGUUUGUGCGCCGCGGGGCUGGUGACGGAGAAGGGCCGGGAAAAGCUGCGGAUGGAGGCGGUAAUGGAGUGGACAAGAUGGUUGAGUGA